AUGGCUCGCGCUUCGUUGGAAUCUGAGACGCCAAUCGUGGCUCCAUCGAACCGCAACUCAAAACGCUUCUCAACCUACAGCGGAGUUCCCUCCCUCGCUCCCUCCGAUAUUACCACCGGCAGCCUGCCCAGCGGCGACCCUCGCAUGGCCGAAAUCAAAGAAUACUCCGACUUUGUCGAGCGUCUGGAAAGCAAGCCCUUAGACAAGCAGCGAUUUGUGCCCACUGCCGAAAAGACGGAUAACUUGAAUAAACUGGCGCUCGGUGCCAAGGUUGAACGCGCGCUUGGACGAAGGAUGACUGGACAAGACGCCGUGAUGCGAAAGCCGGUUAUUUUGGAUGAGAAGAAGGCGGUGGAGAAUUGA